CGCCCAAAAACGGGUUCGAUACCGCAUUCCAUCCCGCCAUACAACCGCCGUCCAUCAUGCAUCUUCCCAGCUUCCUGACCACCCUCGUCCUGGGCUUCGCGGCUACUGCGUCUGCACGGCCAUCGUCGACCUGUGUUGCGUCAAAGAAAUGUACGAACCCCACCGUACGCAAGAGCUGGGGAUCACUCGCCACAUCCGACAAGACCGCCUACAUCAACGCCGUCAAGUGCAUGAUCAACACGCCACCGAAGCUGAACGAGUACGCCGCCGGCGUCACUAACCGCUGGGAGGACUUCAUCUGGACACAUCAGAGAGUCAUGCCGACUAUCCAUGGAGUCGGCCACUUCCUGCCGUGGCACAGGCUGUUCCUUUUCGAGUACGAGCGGGUGUUGCGCGUUGAGUGUGGCUACGAGGGCACUAUUCCGUACUGGGACCAGAAGGCAGACAACGCCGACAUCUUUGCGUCGCCCGUAUUCGACACGGAGUUCGGCUUCGGCGGCAACGGCGCAUUCGACCCGACCGCGUUGAUCCCGUUCAUCAACAUCACCGCCGACGGCGGCGGGUGCAUCCAGGACGGCCCGUUCAAGGACCUCACCAUCCACCUCGGCUACAACAACGACAGCUCGUACCAGGAGCGCUGCAUCACGCGCAACAUCAUCCAGGCGCCCGCGAGCCGCUGGUGGAACGCGCAGGAGGAGAACAACGCCCUCGCUCAUCCCACCUACGAGAUCUUUGCCGAGCUGCUGGAGGGGAACGGGAACUUUACGUUCGAUCUGGGAAUGCACAAUGCCGGGCACAUGGCCGUGGCCGGAGACAUGCUCGACACGUGGGUCUCCCCCGGCGACCCAGUAUUCUACCUGCUGCACGGCAACAUCGACCGCAUCUGGGCGAAGUGGCAGCAGUCCGCGAGCGCCAAGCUCUUUGCUGUCGGCAACCCGAUCCGGCCGCGACUGCCCAUUUCCGACGGCCUCCUGGCCACCAUCCCCGAGGGCAACGUCACGCUGGAUUAUGUCAUCGAUCUUGGCCCGCUCGCCGGUGAUCGCCUCAAGAUCCCGGUCGCCCGCGUGAUGGAUCCGAUGGGAACCGUGCCGAAGGGGUAUAAGAAGGGGCUGCUGUGCUAUGAUUACGAGUAGUGGCGUG